ACGGGCAACAACUGCCCCAAAUGUGUACAAAUUCCCAGUCCACUGAGGCCCCAACCAGCUCCCUUCAUCUAUCGGUCUCUUCAUCGACGAUGGACUGAAGACUGUAAAUCCCCCAAACCCCUUCGAUCAAUGGAAAUCCUAACCCUCCCUCAUUCACUCCGCUCCACCACCAAAUUCCGACCCUUCCCCACUUGCACAAAGCUCCCUCCACUCAACUCGUUCAAACCUUUUUCCAAACCAGCCCUCCAAUUUCCCAUAAUUCGAUUCAAACCUCUCUCUCCCCCGUUCAAUUCCCCGAAUUUCCGUCUCUCUCAACUCCGUUGCGCCGCCAAGGCCACCGAUCACCACCACCACGAGGACCACGAGCACCAUCACCAACAUCACCAUCACCACCACCACCACCAUUGCGAUGAGGACGACAAGCUGAGCGGGCCUCAGAGAGCGCUGAUCGGGUUCGCGAGAGCGGUCCGAUGGACGCACUUGGCGGAUUUCCUGCGGGAGCACUUGCAGUUGUGUUGCUGCUCCGCGGCUCUUUUUCUGGCUGCCGCUGCUUGUCCUUACGUCGUGCCUAAGCCGGCGGUGAAGCCUCUGCAGAACGCUUUCAUGAUCGUCGCUUUUCCUCUAGUUGGGGUCUCUGCAUCACUUGAUGCCCUCACUGAUAUUGUUGGUGGAAAAGUAAAUAUCCAUGUGUUAAUGGCUCUUGCGGGCUUUGCAUCAAUCUUUAUGGGGAACUCCUUAGAAGGAGGGUUACUUCUUGCCAUGUUUAAUCUUGCCCAUAUCGCUGAGGAGUAUUUCACCAGCCGCGCAAUGGUUGAUGUUAAAGAAUUGAAGGAGAAUUAUCCUGAUUUUGCUCUUGUGCUGGAACUGGUUGAUGAUGAGCUUCCUAAUACUUCUGAUUUUACUUACAAAAAGGUUCCGGUGCAUGACGUGGAAGUGGGCUCAUAUAUCUUGGUUGGGGCGGGUGAGUCUGUGCCUGUAGAUUGUGAAGUUUUCCAAGGCAGUGCAACCAUUACUGUUGAGCAUUUGACAGGGGAAGUCAAACCAUUGGAGACAACUGUUGGAGACAGAAUUCCUGGUGGUGCCAGAAAUUUAGAUGGUAGAAUGAUUGUGAAGACAAGAAAGACGUGGAAAGAAUCAACACUGAGUAGGAUUGUGCAAUUAACUGAAGAAGCUCAGUUGAAUAAACCAAAGCUUCAAAGAUGGCUGGAUGAAUUUGGUGACAAUUACAGCAAGGUGGUUGUAGUGUUGUCCGUUGCUGUUGCUGUCAUUGGCCCAUUUUUGUUCAAGUGGCCAUUCAUUAGCACAACUGCCUGCAGAGGAUCGGUUUACAGAGCAUUGGGGCUCAUGGUGGCAGCAUCACCUUGUGCACUGGCUGUAGCUCCAUUGGCAUAUGCUACUGCAAUUAGUUCCUGUGCAAGGAAGGGAAUACUGCUGAAAGGUGGGCAUGUGCUAGAUGCUCUAGCUUCUUGCCACACUAUUGCAUUUGAUAAAACUGGGACUUUGACAACUGGAGGGCUCAUGUUCAAAGCCAUUGAACCGAUUUUUGGACACCAGGCCAGAAAAAGCAGAUCAGAUUUUGCUUGCUGUUGUGUUCCCAGCUGUGAAAAAGAAGCUCUCGCAGUAGCUUCUGCCAUGGAGAAGGGUACAACUCAUCCUAUUGGAAGAGCUGUUGUAGACCACAGUAUAGGGAAAGAUCUUCCUUCUGUUUCCGUUGAAAGUUUCGAGUAUUUUCCUGGUAGAGGUCUCAUUGCGACUCUCAAUGGCACUGAGUCAGGAACUGCAGGGGUUAAACUGUUGAAAGCAUCACUUGGUUCUGUAGAUUUCAUCACUUCGUUUUGUAAGUCAGAAGAUGAAUCAAAAAAGAUCAAGGAUGCUGUGAAUGCAUCUUCUUAUGGAAGUGAGUUUGUUCAUGCUGCUCUUUCUGUUAAUCAAAAGGUAACAUUGAUUCACCUAGAGGAUAGACCACGACCUGGCGUUUUAGAUGUCAUAGUAGAAUUACGCGAUCAAGCAAAGCUACGUGUAAUGAUGUUAACUGGUGAUCAUGAGUCUAGUGCAUGGAGAGUGGCAAAUGCCGUGGGCAUCAGCGAAGUUUAUUGCAGCUUGAAGCCUGAGGAUAAGCUGAGUCAUGUGAAGGACGUCUCAAGGAAUAUGGGGCGAGGUCUAAUCAUGGUUGGUGAAGGUAUUAAUGAUGCACCAGCACUGGCUGCUGCCACUGUGGGAAUUGUGCUUGCUCAACGCGCUAGUGCAACUGCUACAGCUGUUGCAGAUGUGUUGUUGCUGCAGGACACUAUUUCUGCCGUACCAUUCUGUAUCGCCAAGUCCCGGCAAACAACUUCACUGGUUAAACAAAAUGUGGCCCUUGCUCUAUCUUCUAUUUUUCUCGCUUCUCUUCCAUCUGUUUUGGGUUUCCUUCCCCUAUGGUUAACGGUUCUUUUACAUGAGGGCGGUACUCUUCUUGUUUGCCUUAAUUCCAUACGUGCGCUAAAUGAUCCGACAUGGUCGUGGAAGCAGGAUCUAUGGCAUUUGGUUCAUGAAAUUAAGUCUAGACUUCUGUUAUUUAGUAAACGAAACUCUAGUUCAGGAUCCAUCCGGGCUGCAACUCAGUAGCUUACCCUUUCAUUAGUUCUCCCCCCCUCUUUUUUGUAACGUUAAUUCUUUUCUCCCAAGCUGAUCAUCAAAUCUGUGUAUUAUACAAAGAUGUUCGAAAUUCGCAAUAUAUACUACAGGGCCGGAAAUUUUC